GAUCCUCUCUCGUGCUGCAUCUGUGAAUCUGCCGGUGUGCAGCUAGGCGCCGGUUGCUCCGUUGUCAAUCAUCACGGGCGUUUCCUUGACAGGAAGUGGAUCUUCUCGCUUUCGCCCUUCGCAUUUAUACAUUGCUGCCAAGCAGGCAUGAUCCAUCUGUUGUGAUAUCUUGGGAAGCGAUUUCGCGUUCAGUCUCACUGUGAAGAAUAUUGAGUCUGCCAAAGUUUUGUCAGUCAGACAGAAUACCCAAAACAUGUGUCUUUGCUAGACCUCGGCAAGGCACUCCAUCGACUUUUAUCCAAGAGCGGUCAUAGUUGGUACUAUAGCACGUACCAGAUCUGCUGGAGGCACCGUCCCUGCGAGACUUUGGGGGUAGAUGCUUUCAGACAGGAAGCGACACGUGGCUUGGAAGACGUUACUGGUCCUGUCCCUCUGCUGCAGUGUUGCGCACGCUGAUGGGUCAGAGAGGUAUAUCGAGGACACUGACCGUUUCCCCGGCUGGAAGGGGGAGCUGCCAGUGCCAAUAAUGGACUUCAAGGAAAGCAACGAUUCGGAUCCGUCAGCCCCACCCUUGCUGACGAUUGGACUCGGCGCGGACGGAAAGGAGGAAUGGCGGGGAGAGGUGAUAGAGGUAUCGUGGUCACCGAGGGCGUUUCUGCUGAAAGGCUUCCUGAAGGAAGCUGAGUGCGAGCAUCUGAUCAGUAAGGCAAAGCCAAGCAUGGUCAAGUCAACAGUGGUGGACAAUGAUACAGGGAAGAGCAUUGACUCGACUGUUCGCACCUCUACUGGUACCUUCUUCGGACGAGAAGAGGAUGAGGUGAUUCAGGGGAUUGAGCGGCGCAUCAGCAUGAUCACGCACCUGCCGGAGGUGAAUGGGGAGGGGCUGCAGAUUCUGCACUACGAGGACGGCCAGAAGUACGAGGCGCACCACGACUUCUUCCACGACAAGUUCAACUCACGCCCAGAGAACGGCGGCCAGCGCAUCGCCACCGUCCUCAUGUACCUGACAACGGCGGAGGAGGGCGGAGAGACGGUGUUCCCAAUGGCGGCGAACAAGGUGACGGGGCCGCAGUGGUCUGAGUGCGCGCGGGGCGGCGCUGCCGUCAAAUCGCGCCGUGGCGAUGCGCUGCUCUUCUACAGCCUUCUGCCAAACGGUGAGACGGACCCGACCAGCCUGCACGGCAGCUGUCCGACCACCAAGGGCGAAAAGUGGAGCGCCACCAAGUGGAUCCACGUCGGCCCCUUUGGAGGCUCUUCAGAGCAGCAACGCGCCAAGGGUGAGUGCAUCGACGCAGACGAGCGGUGUUCGGGAUGGGCGGCGGAUGGCGAGUGCAAGAAGAACCCCGGCUACAUGAUGAGCUCGUGCCGCCUGUCCUGCCACACCUGCACGCCAGCUUCCAAGACAACCUCCACAGCCUAGACCGGCAGUGGCGCCAGCAAUUCCACAGUGUGGCAAUCUGGUGUUGCGCUGUGUUCUCUUUCAGUUUAUCAGUAAAAAAGAUCCGCUUGGGUGUUGGGUGCAUGCUUGCAAGGCUCUGUACUUGUGGAGGCAGGUGGUCUCUGCACAGUAAAUUACAUUGAAGGGCUCUGUCUGAGGAAAGAAUAGCAAACAUGGAAAUAUUGAUCAUGACUUCUCUUUGUGUGCUUACUCCCCUUAUUGUGCUUGCUAUUGCCCUCUGCAAGAGGCUAAUUAAACGCCAGUGUUGCAAUGCUUAAUAAGGUCAGGUGCUGAGGUAAUUUGAGGCAUCUGUGUGCAUUUCUUGCAUAAUUAGAAGUUUUGAGAUAGGUGCAAUGGUGGCUGCAUAUCAAGCUUAUUUUAGUAGUUUGUGUUUAUCUGUGUGGAAUCUUUGAAGACUUGCUAUGUUUUCGGCAUGUGUGUGCAUUGCGUGUGCCGUCCUAGGUGGGGUGAGCUCGUGAAUUCGUGCCUGGAAUUCCAGACCCCCAAUCAUCGACAGAAGUGGGGCAAUUGCAUAUCAUUGAGCAUAUCAACUCGCAGCGGAUAGCUGGAAGAAUCUGUUGGU